AUGUCCAAUCCUUACCACCAGCAACAGGCUAUGGCCUCUGGCAGCAACUCGCCACUCGCCACCCCGGUUCCCAUCAAGCGCGGACGCGGUCGACCGCCAAAGAAUCGCGAUCCCAACGCGCCAACUCCUGUUAAGGUGACAGCGCCACCUCCGCCCAAGCUAGUACCACAGCCACGCACCUCGCACAUCACCUCACCCCGCCUACGCGCAGCUCAGCCCACCGCUUAUUCGGCCACCGGCUCACCGUUUCAACCACCACCGCCGACCGGCUUCCCGUCACAUAAUCUAGGUCCGGGGAUUCCAGAGCAGCAGAACAUGUUCUACCAGCCUGUCACCGGCAGCGGCGGCCACUCAUCGCCUUCCGUCCCCUCCUUUCCACCGAUACCGACUUUCCAGCGCCAACAGGAGUUGCAGCAGCAGCAGAGUCAGCAGAGCAUUCGCGAAGCGCAACAGGCGAGGGCCUCAUCUGCGCAAAGAGGCAGCGUCGAUACUUCGGCACCAGCCUUGCCGACGUCGCCCACUUCUUCCUUAGCCACACAGACUGGCUCCAUCGCAGCCGCCUCUGCCCUAUCGAAAGUACCAGCCGAAGGUACCAUCAUGACAGCUGCGGGGGGCUCCAUAGGUGCCGGGCUCGGCCAGGCUGUCGGCAAUGCUGGUGCAUCGCCUGCGAGUCGUACACGACGCAAAGCCGACACCAACGAGCCCGAGCUCAAGCUGCCCGAGCCACACGAUGCCGGCUGGAUGACCGAGCCAACAGAUGCUCUUCAGGCGCAACGGGUCUACUCUGCUGUUGUCGAUUGCAUCCGCAGCCACGUCGAUGCAUCGGGACGCAGACCCGCCGAGUUGCUGGAAGAAUGUCCCGAUCCCGAGGUUGAUCCUGAGUUCUACGAAAAGGUCGAGAAACCAACAUCGCUCUCUGCCAUCUCGCAACGCAUUCAGGAGGGCGAGUACCACAAAGCGACCGACUUUGAGAUGGACAUGCUCCAGCUGUUCGAGAAUGCUCGCAGGCUGCACCCCAUCGGCACCCAGAUGUACGGCGACGCUGUCGUGUUGCAACGGCUCUACCACGAGCUUACCAGGGCGGAUCCGUCCAAGCAGGAGCCCAUCACCGCCGAGGCAGUGCUCGCAGCUGCAGCACGAGCCGAUGCAACCCGACACUUUUCCUCGAUCCCUCACGGUCCGCUCUACGCGAGCGCAGGCUCUCACGGCGACCUCACCACCCGCAUCAGCAGCAAGUCUAAGACAUACUACGAACACCUCAAUCUCAAAGGCAAGGCUUUCCGCGUGGGAGACUGGAUCCAUCUCAUCAACCCUUCGGACCCGACCAAGCCCAUCGUAGCCCAGAUCUUCAAAGUGCUGCGUCGAGAAGAUGACGACCCGAACCAAGGUUGGGUCACCGUCUGCUGGUACUACCGUCCUGAGCAGACCUUCCAUCCGGCAUCCAAGAAGUUUUUCCAGGACGAGGUGGUCAAGACUGGCUAUUUCGCUGACCACCACAUCGAGGACAUUCUGGAAAAGAUCAUGGUCAUGUUCUACACCAAGUACAUUCGCGGUCGACCCAAGCCGGAGUACUGGGACCCACGCAGCCCGCUCUACGUCACCGAGUCGAGGUACAACGAGCAGCAGCGCGUGUUUCACAAGAUUAAGAGCUGGGCUAGCUGUGUGCCCGAAGAGAUCCGCAAGGUGGAGACGCCCAUGAACUUUUUCGACAAGGCAAUCUCGCCUCCGCCCAAGGAGGAGUCGCCUUUCCUUCGCGGUGUGCCUGGUCCAGGUGCUCUGCGCGACGAAGAUGCUGCGAGUGGCGAAGUCGCCGAGUUCCCCGACCUCUUCCAGGAUGCUCCCGACGAGUUCCGGCCGAAAAAGAAGGGGCGUGGAUCGGACGCGGCUGCAAGUGGGCAAAACGCCAAUGAAGCCUUCACGCGCCUGGCUUCGCUCGUGGCUGCGCGCAUCACUCCGGACCAGUACCUGCGUCUGCAACAGCUGCUUUCUACACCACAAGCCGCCUCGCUCGAUAUGGCACAGGUCAGCGAUCAACUCGGUGGCGUCGACGUCAACCUGCUUUCGGAGCUUCGCAAUGCUGCUGUCGCUGCUGGUGUAGCUUCGGCAGGUAUUGACAAGGUGGCUUCGUCUGACUUGGCUCAGCAGGCAAGAGAGGAGGCUGCGGCUGAGCAGCAGCAGCAACCGACAGUGAGCGUUGUCGACCUCGUGCGCUCGCAGCGCGGCGAAGGCUUCUACGCCGCGCUCCCGCAAGAGACGCGAGAUCUGUUUGCGGAUCAGCCUGGCGGACAGGUCAACUGGUACGCGGCUGCUCCGCUCGACCUGCCGCUGCAGCACGAUUUGCACAAGAACGGCUUCUACGCUCCGCAGCAAGCGCAUCUGCGCAACCAUACGCUCGACUACCUCUACCACCAGGCUAAUACGCGCAACGAUGAUGAGGCGGCAUCGGAUUCGCAGCUGCGCAAUGGCGGGCGUGUGGCACCGUCACAGCCUCUGCAACCCAGCGCUUCGGCGAACGGCGGCUCGACUCCACGUGCUCUUGUGGCAGCUUCAUCGCCCUAUGUUCCACACGCUUCGGGCAUGUACGACUUUUUGGCGCCGAGUGCUCGCAACUCGCCUCUGAUGCGUGCCGGAUACGGAGGCGCAGGUGCAAGCAUCGGCGGCAUCCCGGCUGCCAGCAGCAACGGUAGCACCGACGAGGCCUUGACGCCGGUCAUGAACCAGAACCAAGGCUGGUACGGUGGGAGCGAGUGGGGCGAGGAUCCGCAAAAGACUGCAGAGGCGUUGGCAGAGUUCUCGAACCACUAUGGAGAGGGAGGUCAGUUGAAUUUGUCCCACUACCUUUCGUAG